AUGAAGCAAUUAACUUUUAUCAAAUCAUUUCUUGUGUUCUCGUGUUUUUUGAGUCUCCAAUGUCUCAGCCUGAAAAUUGACUUUACUCCUUGUGGCGGUAAAGUUUUGGAAUUACGUCUGUUUGGUUGUCAGAAUGAUACAGAGCCUUGUUUGAUGAAUCGAGGAAUCAAAGGUCGAUUGGAAGUUGAUUUCGAGGCUCCGUUCGAUUCUGAUUAUGUUUAUGCCGAUGUUAGUCAGAAAACUAGUUCGUUCUUAUCUGUAAAUGUCCCUUUGCCAAUAUUAGAUCGAAAUGCUUGUUCUAACCAUGGAUUAACUUGUCCAAUCGAAAAAGGAAAAAAAUACAGUUAUUAUUACGAUUUUUACGUAGACCCAAGAAUUCCAAAUAUUAAAGGCGAUUAUUUCCUCACGUUGUCAACAUAUUGGGGAUACACAAUCGGAUGUGUCAAUUUACCAAUGCAAUUGGUUGAAGUUGAGGCCACAAUCAAACAGAAUCAAAUUAACCCAUCAAGUCAAUCUGAUAAAAUCACUAAGAGUUAA